CUGAGAGCUGGGCUGACAUGCAGGAGCCGCUGCUUGAGGGGAUGUGCUUCACACUCAAGUAUUUAGGCAUGACGCUGGUAGAAAAACCCAAAGGCGAAGACAUGGCUGCUGCUGCCAUCCGCCGGAUCGUUGCCACGGCACGGGUGGGAGCUCGCAAGUUCCAGAAGGUGAUUCUGACAGUGUCUCCAAGGGGCAUCUCGCUGCAGGAUGCAGACACAAAGGAGAUGGUUGAGAACAUCUCCAUCUACAGGAUCUCCUACUGCACAACAGACAAGCUACAGAACAAAGUCUUCGCUUACGUUGCCCAGAGCCAGGAGAGCGGGGCACUGGAGUGCCAUGCCUUCCUCUCACCCAAGAAGAAGAUUGCCCAGGCUGUGACUCUGACUGUGGCCCAGGCCUUCCAGAUGGCACUGGAUCUCUGGGAAGCAGCACAUGCAGGCUCUAGGCAGGAACAGCCCCUUCACUCUUCAUGUGUCUUGGAGAGCAGUGAGCCCAGCAGACCAAGAGGAGGAAGGGGAGGAGGAAGAUGACAACGCUGAUGAAACCUUGUCUGGGUAGGUGCUUUGCUUGGGGGUACGAUGGGUGCUCUGUUCUCUUCCAAAGCAGCAUGGAGGAGCUGGGGAGGGGAGCCCACAGCCCAGCAG